AAGUUCUAUGCCGGAGGGGUGGAGAGGAGAAGGCGGGACCACGAGCUGGCUCGGCAGGGGCAAGGUUUAAGAGCCAGAUGAAUAAUAAAGGUACCGCCUCGCAUCCCCUUCCCCACAUCCUCGAGGGGUUUUGGUUUUCCUUUCUUUAUCUAAAAACUGCGUCUCUAAAGAAAUUUGCUUAAAAGAAGACGGGAGGCAAGAUCGCGGUCCUCCCAGACAUGGAAAGCAGUUUCCAGCUCUGUCUGUAUAGCUGCCUCUUAAUCUCAGUUCUAGCAAUACUGCCAGAGCCAAAAAAUGUAAGAAUGAAUUCAGUUAAUUUGAAACACAUUCUACAGUGGGAGCCACCUGAUUUUCCUAAGGAAAAUGUGACCUACACAGCCCAGUCUACAAGUUAUACUUCGUUCACAGACAAGUGCAAGAAUAUUAUUUUCACCAGCUGUGAUUUCUCAAGUAUUUCCAAGUAUGGUACCCAUACCUUGCGUGUCAGGGCUGAAUUUGAAGAUGACCACUCAAAUUGGGUAAACAUCAUCUUUUGUCCUUUGGAUGAUACCGUCAUUGAACCUCCUCAAGUACAAAUAGAAUCAUUGACUGGUUCUUUACAUGUAAGCUUCUCAUAUCCACACAUUGAAAAUGAACCUAAUGAAUGGACUUUAAAAGAUUAUUAUCAUUCAUGGCAUUACAGAAUACGAUACUGGAAAAAUAACACCGAUCAUAAGUUUGAAAAAGAUACCAUAUAUGACUUUGAAGAGCUUACUGAUCUGGAUCCUCACACAGUUUAUUGUCUUCAAGUUCAAGGGUUGGUAAUUGAAAAGAACAAAAGUGGAAAAUGGAGUCAGCCUAUCUGUGUCCAAACUACUGAAAAUGGAUUACCUUCACACUGGAUUACUGUUACUGUGCUUAUUGUAUCCAUGAUUGUGGUUUUACUGUUGGUGCUUGGUUGUUUUUGCAUAUGGUACUUCUACAGAAAAGCAAAAUGUGUAUUCUUUCUUGGGUAUUCUUUUCCUCAGCAUCUUAAAGAGUAUUUGGACCAACCUUCCAAAAGCAUUUCAUAUCUCUUGCCAGUACCUUCCAAUGAGGGUGAAUCCUUUGAUAAAUUAAGUAUAAUAGAAGAAUCUGAAAACACUGGGCAUGACACAAUGGAUCCAUGUAACUAUUCAACAGAAGUUUUGCAACAAUCCCUACUUUCUGGAGAAAAAAACCACUUAGCUGGUCAUAGAAUUCAGAAAGUUUGUCCAGUUUCAACCAAGUGAAGAAGACGUAGUGAAAUAGAGUUAGGCAUCAGAUCAAACUUUGACUCAAGAGCCUCCCAUAAAUAAAUUGGUUGUAAAUUGAAAUGAUCAUUUGGCAGAAAAUCCUGCAUUAUUAUUAUUUCCCACUUGAUAGAUUAAUAAAAAAAAAACAAAAAGGGUAUUUUUGAGAUUUCUCUUUCAUCAGAAUACUUUUUGAUGUAUCUGAUGCCAAAGUAACAAAUUUAAUAAAAAUAAACAUUUGAAGGAAAUAAUGCAAUCAAGAGCCUCUAAAAUUCUAAUUAAAAAUAUGCUGUUCCUAAGGAAGGAGAGGGGAGGGAAUACUUGAUGCAAUUUAAGAUCUAAAUAAUGCUGUACAAAAUACUAAGUUUUUUCCAAGAAAUUUUUCCUAGAAUUUUAUAUUUUUGCUCUUGUAAUAUGAAUAAUGUCACAUCAAUCUGUAUUUUUCUAAUUCAAUAUAUUUUUCUAAUUCAAUAUAUCAGUGAUACAAUUUGUGUGAUUAUUGUAAAACUAAAUAAUUUGAUUGUUACUUACAUUGUCUACCUCUCAAGGCUGUUUUGAGAAUCCAGUGAGGAAAUGUUAUGGAAAAUGCUUGUAGUCAUGAAACUUUAUGUAAAGCUGACCUACUGUUAAAGUCUAAAUAAUGCUGUACAAAAUACUAAAUUUUUCCAAAAAAAUUUUUCCUAGAAUUAUUUUUAUAUUUUUGCUCUUAUAAUAUGAAUAGUGCCACAUCAAUCUGUAUUCCUCUAAUUCAAUAUAUUAGUGACACAAUUUAUAUAAUUAUUUGAUUAUUAAGACUAAAUAAUUUGAUUAUUAUUUACAUUGUCUACCUCUCAAGGCUGUUUUGAGAAUCCAGUGAGAAAAUGUUAUGUAAAAUGCUUGUAGCCAUAAAACAUUAUGUAAAGCUGAGCUACUGUUAAUGUCAGUUUACAAUAUUUUAAAAUGAAUUUGAUUUUGAAUCAAAGAGGUAGGAGUUAUGAGAAUUAGGAGAAAAGUUCUAGUUACAUUUCUUCUAUUUAUUUGCAGUCUUAGGAAUAUGCUUUUCUAUGUAUGCUUACACAGUUCCUUAUUCCUGAAAAUAUGUCCUUCCCCUAGCUUGCAAUCUUUGCUUAUCUAAAAUGUUCUUUAUCUUCCUAAGCUCAAAUAUUGCCUGUCCAAUAAGGUCUUUAUAUAUUCUAGAUCUAUGCCAAACUCCUCUAAAUCCUCUAAAAUUUCACAGCAGCUUGCCCAUAUCUUUCAUUCCCCUCUCCUCUAUUUCUGUUAUAUUUAUAUACAGGUCAUCUUUUUAAUGUACAAUCAUUUUAAACAUAUUUCCAUAUCUGUCAUGUUAUGAAAGAAAAAUAAGACCAAAAGGAAAAAAUCAUGAAAAGAAAAACCAAACAAAAAAGAUGAAAAAUAGUAUGUUUUGGUCCAUAUUCCAUCUCCAUAGUUCUUUCUCUGAAUACAGAUAGCAUUUUCUAUCCCAAGUCUAUUAUACAGGUUAUCUUUAUAGUGCCUUGUACAUAGUAAGGUGUUUUAUAAGUCUUUGUGGAAUAAUCAAAAGAAAUUAAAUGAUUAAAUAAAUUUAAAAGUAUAAAAUCUGUUUAUCCUAAUAAAUAUUAAAUGAAGCACUUGGUAAAGUAAAAGUUAACAGGAGUUUACUCAACUAGUCAAGAUAGAGAAGCAUGAGGAAGAUCGACCUAGAGUACAACUAUAGCCUAUUUUUAAGGAUAGGAGUAUACAUCUUUCAGGGAUGCUGAGUGGUACAGUAGACUGUCUACUGUCUUAGAAUGGGAAAUCCCAGUUCAAAUACAGCCUCAGACACUCAGUGGCUUGUGACCCUGGGUAAAUCACUUAAUCUUAUUUCAGUUUCCUCAUCUGUAAUAUGAGCUGAAGAAGGAAAUGAAAACUCCAUAUAGGAUCAUAAAGAUCAAACAUGACUGAAACAACUAAAUGACAAAAAUUUCUGAUUCCAGUUCCAGUGCUGUUACCCAUUGAUAUCUUGUAAGUCAGAUCUGUAACUACAAAAGAACUGACUGACCUAAUGAUCAUCAGCCUAGGAGUUUUCUCCUCAAUUUUAUCUGUUACUUAUUGGCAGGCCUACCAAGGAUGAGAGGCCACUGAUAACCCUUGAUAACCUUAGGGUAAUUGCUAUCACCACAGCUUAGCUGGCUUCCCAUUCUUAAUGAAGUAACCACUCAGUUUCCACAUAGAUAAAAUGAAAAGUUUUAAGCUAGAUGAUAUAUAAAUGCUUUUCAGCUUUAAUACUAAAUAAUUUUAUGCUUAAUAAAUAGAUUAGUUUAGGUAGUAUUGUCAUCUUUAUUAUCUUUGCUCACCCAGUCCAAGAGCAUUUAAUAUUUUUCCAGUUGGUUAGAUCAGACUUAAUUUGUGUGGAAAGUGUUUUGUAGUUUUGCUCAUAAAGUUUUUGAUUUUCCCUUGGCAGAUAGAUUCCUAAAUAUUUUAUACAAUCAGUAGUUACUUUAAAUGGAAUUUCUUUUUGUAAUUCUAACUGUUGGGUUUUGUUAGUGAUAUAUAAAAGAAUGCUGAUGACUUAUAUGGGUUUAUUUUGUAUCCUGCAACUUUGCUGAAGGUGUGGAUUGUUUCUAAUAACUUUUUAGUAGAGUCUCUGGGGUUCUCUAAGUAUACCAUUAAAUCAUCAGCAAAGAGUGACAA